AUGGCGGCGGCUGCAGCAGGAUCUGCAACACCCCAGAGGUUUUUCCGGAGCCUCACAGAUGCUCUGAUCGAGGAGGACCCCCAGGCGGCGUUAGAGGAGCUGACUGAGGCUUUGGAACAGAAACCAGACAAUGCACAGUAUUAUUGCCAAAGAGCUUAUUGUCACAUUCUUCUUGGAAAUUACUGUGAUGCUGUUGCUGAUGCAAACAAGUCUCUCAAACUUAAUCCAAAUAAUUCUGCUGCUAUGCUGAGGAAAGGGAUUUCUGAGUACCAUGAAAAAAACUACGUGGCUGCUUUAGAGACUUUUACAGAAGGACAGAAAUUAGACAGUAAGAAUGGUAAUUUCAUUGUCUGGAUUAAAAGGUGUCAAGAAGCUCAAAAUGGAUCCGAAUCUGAAAAGCCAACUCAUCAGCCAAAAAUCAAGUAUGACUGGUAUCAAACAGAAUCUCAAGUAAUCAUUACACUUAUGAUUAAGAAUGUUCAGAAGAAUGAUGUAUAUGUGGAAUUUUCAGAAACAGAGUUGUCUGCUUUGGUGAAACUUCCUUCUGGAGAGGAUUACAGUUUGAAACUAAGACUUCUUCAUCCUGUAAUACCAGAACAAAGCACAUUUAAAGUACUUUCAACAAAGAUUGAAAUUAAAAUGAAAAAGCCAGAGGCUGUGAGAUGGGAAAAGCUAGAGGGGCAAGGAGAUGAGCCUAAGCCAAAACAGUUCAUAGCAGAUGUAAAGAAUUCAUAUCCAUCAUCAUCUCAUUAUACAAGAAACUGGGAUAAAUUGGUUGGCGAAAUCAAAGAAGAAGAAAAAAAUGAGAAGUUGGAGGGAGAUGCAGCUUUAAACAAAUUGUUUCAGCAGAUCUAUUCAGAUGGUUCUGAUGAAGUGAAGCGUGCCAUGAACAAAUCAUUUAUGGAAUCUGGUGGCACAGUUUUGAGUACCAACUGGUCUGAUGUAGGUAAAAGGAAAGUUGAAAUCAAUCCUCCUGAUGAUAUGGAAUGGAAAAAGUACUAA